AUGGUGAUCGAGGGUCAGGCUGGCUUUGGUGGGGACGACUAUUCACCAUCCUCUUCACCCACCUCAUCAUCCGCCGCCUCAUCCUCAUCCAUCACAACCAACACAACCACCCACUCAUGCUCAAACUCGGUCAGCCCAACGCUCAUCAAACUUCCCGCUAGCGUCCCCCACUCCAUCCAACAGCAACAUAACCCAUCAAAACCCAGCCAUCGACAACAUCCCGGGAACCCUGGCGGGGUCAAGGUCCCGCCCGGUCUGGUUGCCAAAAUGGCAGCCAUGACCAAGCGCAAGGAUAACCUCCCAUCCUCCUCCUCAAUGCCACACAACCAACGAUUGGAUCCCAUGGCCUUCAUGGGCGAUCGACCGUCGGCAAACAGCGCCCUCAACAUCAACACGCUCGCCCGACCGAGCCCGAGUCCAUCGGGCAUGCUGACGCCAUCGAUGAGCACCCGGCGAGCCAAGCCAAUGAUGAAGCUCGGAGACAUGCACCAAUCCCCCUCAUCCUCCUCAUCCUCAAUGAACAGCCAAACUAAGUUCUUAUCCGUCUCGGGCGCUGCCGCUUCGACCCCGUUCGCUAACUUCAGUAAGAUCGUCGAUCCCUCCGGACGACUCAACUUCGGCGGAAAGGCAGUCGUCCAUUCCCAUGGCGUCGACUUCUCUAACGGUUCCUCUUUCUCUAUCAACAUGAACGAACUGACUCUCAUGGAAGAAUUGGGUAAAGGUAAUUAUGGCACCGUCCAGAAAGUCUUCCAUAAACCUACCAAGGUGGUCAUGGCUAUGAAAGAAAUUAGACUAGAAUUGGAUGAUUCCAAGCUCAAGGCGAUCCUAACCGAACUCGACAUCUUACAUCGGGCGACCUCAGACACGAUCGUCGAGUUCUAUGGGGCGUUUUUCAUCGAGUCUUGUGUCUACUACUGCAUGGAGUAUAUGGACGCCGGCAGUUUGGACAAGCUGGCCGGCGCUGAUGUCCCCGAGCCCGUACUAGCGAGAGUCACCGGUAGGGUCGUCGAGGGGUUGAGGUUCCUCAAGGAUGAGUUACAGACUAUUCAUCGAGACGUCAAGCCGACGAAUGUCUUGAUCAACCAGAAGGGGGAGACCAAGCUGUGUGAUUUCGGAGUGUCGGGACAACUGGAGCGAUCGUUAGCGAAGACGAACAUUGGAUGUCAGUCAUACAUGGCUCCGGAGCGGAUCCAGGGGGAGCGGACGGGGGAGGUGAACACGUACACGGUCUCAUCGGACGUCUGGUCCUUGGGAAUCUCGAUUAUCGAGUUUGCAAUCGGCCAUUACCCUUAUCCGCCCGAGACUUACUCGAAUAUUUUCGCCCAACUCAACGCUAUCGUCCAUGGCGAAUCCCCCUCGCUUCCGGCAGACCUCUACUCGAAUGUCGCGAUCGACUUCGUUAGCCAAUGUCUCAUCAAAAACCCCAAGGAUCGUCCUACUUAUAACGACCUUCUUCAACACCCGUUUCUCCGUGAGGAAGCUAAGAACCACGUCGAUAUGGUCGCCUGGGUCGCUACUGCUAUCCAACAGGUUAAGAAAUAG